AUGUACUUACAUCCAAAACAUUCCCCUAUGUUCAGUGGCCUUGUCAAAUUGAGUAACUGUCAUUGUUCUUGAUAGUUCUAGUAAAUAUGAGCAUUUUAAAAUGUAUGUUCGCAUGCUCUGCUACGACGCUAAAGAAAAAAAACUACUCGCAUGUGAUUUAUUUCAAGAGGACACUUUUAUUGCCACGACUGCCUCUCUUCAAACGAGGAGAACGCGAAUGUAUCAACUUCGGUCGAUUGUCAUGCUCCACAACUGCAAGAACCGAGAAGGGAGAGGACUCUUUCCUUAAAUGGCUUCUGCUUCUAAUUCCUGCCACCACAUUUGGUCUUGGGACAUGGCAGGUGAAACGGCGGGAAUGGAAAAUUAAGUUGAUUGAUGAACUGAGAAGUCUCACCUCCGCUGAACCCAUCCCCCUUCCUUCCGAUCCUCUGGACCUAAAUCAUCUAGAGUACAGGAGGGUGAAGGUGCGUGGGCACUAUGACCACUCCCAGGAGAUCUACAUCUUACCCCGCUCACCUGUCGAUCCAGAGAAAGAGGCUAGAGAGGCAGGCCAGCUGUCAUCCAGUGGCGAGUCUGGAGCCAAUGUCAUUACACCAUUCUAUUGCACUGACCUAGGGAUCAAAAUCCUUGUCAAUAGAGGAUACGUUCCAAAGACGAAGAUAAAGCCAGAAACCAGGAUGAAGGGACAGGUGGAUUGUGAGGUUGAGCUGGUGGGGGUGGUGAGACUGACGGAGAUCCGCAAGCCUUUUGUGCCACAAAACAAUGUGGAGCACAACCGCUGGCACUACCGUGACCUGGAGGCUAUGGCCAGAGUCACUGGGAGUGAGCCAAUCUUCAUCGAUGCUGACCUGGCCAGCACUAUUCCUGGUGGACCUAUCGGAGGACAGACCAGAGUGACCCUCAGGAAUGAACAUAUGCAGUACAUUAUAACAUGGUAUGGCCUCUGUGCAGCCACAUCAUACAUGUGGUAUGCCAAGUUCAUCAGAAGGAUUGUGUGAAAUGACCUGCAACUUUUUUAAAGAGUGGUAUAAAUGAAUACUCUGUUCAAGAUAUAGCAAUUGGACCACAUGGACCAGAACAUCAUGGUGGAAGUACAAAAGCUUCUGUAAAGUACUUUCAAAGAAAAACAUGUUUAAAUUGUGGGAUUGGAUUGUGUAUAUGCCCUCCAGGAUAAAUUAAUAAAGAAAUGUGAAGUCUCA